AUGUCACGUUCAUUUCGGCGCUCGAAUCCCAUCACCUUAAUUCUGGCCGGCAUCCUCUGCAUAGGCUUCUUUGUAUUCUUCUUUUCUGGCUCCGAUGUCCCCUCGAUUGCCAGAAAGGGCAAUGGAGACGUCGCAUCCAACCCAUUGUCUCCGCCAUCACUACCAUUCCGCAAGUCAAAAGCAAAUGCUCCGCUCGUCGCCCCGCCCGUCGUGCACUACUACAUGAACAAUGUGACCAACACGCGCACACCGGCCGAAAACGAAGAGACUGUUCUUAUCCUCACGCCCCUGGCAAGGUUCUACCAAGAGUACUGGGACAACAUCCUAAAACUCACCUACCCGCAUCAUCUAAUCUCUCUCGGCUUCAUAAUACCAAAGACAAAGGAGGGCAAUGCUGCCUAUGCCGCGCUGCAGGCACAGGUGACCAAGACGCAGACGGGGCCCAAGAGCAAGCGCUUCGCUGCCAUUACCAUCCUCCGCCAGGACACCGAGUCCCCGCUCCAGUCGCAAGACGAGGCCGAGCGUCACAAGAUGGAGAACCAGAAGGCCCGGAGGGCAGCCAUGGCCAAGGCGCGCAACUCGCUCUUGUUCACCACCCUAGGCCCCACCACUUCCUGGGUCCUCUGGAUAGACGGAGAUAUUGUGGAGACCCCACCUACUUUAAUUCAGGAUCUGGCCGACUACGAUGUGCCCAUCAUUGUCCCCAACUGCUUCCAAAAGUACUACAAUGAGGAGAAGAAGGCCAUGGACAUUCGUGAAUACGACUUCAACAACUGGAUCGAUAGCCCUACAGCGCAAGCCUUGGGCGCCAAGAUGGGCAAGGAUGACAUUUUGCUCGAGGGCUACGCUGAGAUGCCCACCUACCGUAGUCUGAUGGCCAAGAUGUACGACAGCUCAGCAGAUCCCCGUGCGAAGAUCAAGCUCGACGGUGUAGGAGGCGCAACACUGCUGGUCAAGGCUGAAGUACACCGAGACGGAGCCAUGUUUCCACCUUUUGCCUUUUACCACCUCAUCGAGACGGAAGGUUUCGCCAAGAUGGCAAACCGAUUAAAUUGGGAAAGCUUCGGACUGCCGAACUAUCUCGUAUACCACUACAAUGAGAAGUGAUUUUCAGGCGACGAUUGCUAUUUGUUUCCAGACUGCUCUGUUCUGGCGGUCAUUGGGCGGCGUUUGGAGGGGAGAUAUAACUGCCGCAUUGUUGUUUAUUGUGAGCGUUAGUUCAACGCUCUCUGCAUGUAGGAUAGAGUAGACUUUAUAGGUAUCGCACAGCUUGCUGGCAAAGAAGGAUGAUACCAGCGAACAUGUCAGAGUUAAAAUAUAACCAUCCCACCAUA